UAAUAGGCGACCCGAAUUACGCAAAUCCAAAAAAACUCAAAAGCAACUCUCUGUGUGUGUGUGGUUCUCUCUCUCUCUCUCUCUCUCUCUCACUCUCUAGCUUUUUGCGUCUCAUCUGUUCUGCGAUUUUUGCCCCUUUUUUGAUCCAGUCAAUCACUGUAACCAUGAGUGACCAAGGAGAAAAGACCUGUCCUCUCUGUGCUGAGGAGAUGGAUUUGACAGAUCAGCAGUUGAAGCCUUGCAAGUGUGGCUAUCAGGUAUGCGUAUGGUGUUGGCAUCACAUAAUGGAAAUGGCUGAGAAGGACGAGACAGAAGGGCGGUGUCCUGCAUGCCGCAGUCCAUAUAAUAAGGAAAAGAUUGUUGGCACAGCAGCAAAUUGUGAAAAGAUGGUGAGCUCGGAGAAAAAAUUGACAUCUCGAAAGGGUAAAAGUAAAGCAGCUGAUUCGAGAAAGCAACUUACCAGUGUACGCGUCGUUCAGAGGAAUCUUGUCUACAUUGUUGGUUUGCCUCUCAGUUUAGCUGAUGAAGACCUUCUGCAGCGGAAAGAAUAUUUUGCUCAGUAUGGGAAGGUCCUGAAGGCGUCUAUGUCUCGAACGGCUGCUGGUGCCAUUCAACAGUUUCCGAAUAAUACCUGCAGUGUAUAUAUUACCUAUUCAAAGGAGGAGGAAGCAGUCCGCUGCAUUCAGUCUGUACAUGGAUUUAAUUUGGACGGUCGACCUUUAAGAGCGUGCUUUGGUACAACAAAAUACUGUCAUGCUUGGUUGAGGAGUGUGCCCUGCACCAAUCCUGAUUGUUUAUACUUGCACGAGAUUGGGUCGCACGAAGAUAGCUUUACUAAGGAUGAAGUAAUAUCGGCUUACACAAGGAGUAGGGUUCAACAAAUUACUGGCGCCAUUACUAGUAUGCAACGGAGAUCAGGGAGUGUUUUACCACCACCGGCAGACGAUUACUGCAAUAACAGCUCUGCUUCUGCAGGGAAACCUUUUAACAAAACUGUUACAAAUAAUUCAGCAACCAAUGCCAGAGGCUCUCCACCAAAUAGCAGCUCUGGUAGAUCUGCUGCUCUUCCUGCUGGCGCUUUGUGGGGAACGCGUGCAUUAAAUAACCAACUGCCACCAGCCAGUGCACCAAGUUCUAAUGGACUGCCGCCUGUAAGUGCACCAAGUUCAAAUGGAGUGCGGCCUGCCAGUGCACCAAGUUCUAAUGGAGUGCCGCCUGCCAGUGCACCAAGUUCUAAUGGAGUGCCGCCUGCCAGUGCACCAAGUUCUAGUGGACCUCUUAAACAGAAAGCUGAAAUAUUUAGCCCACUUACAUGCUCCACAACUGUUGCAAAUAAUAGUCAGGUCAUGUCAUUGCCUGCUGAAGCAGGAAAGAAAGCUAUUCAUAGCAAAGAUGGUGGCACGAGUCAAGAGAAAGGUGAAAUAAGCACGUUAGGACCUGUUAAACAGUCUGUAGGAGCAGAUGAUGCAACCUGUAGUUCUGAGAAACCUGCUAUCACCAUACGUUCUGCUUCUUCAUCUAUGAACGGUCAGUUACAUAUCACCCCGUCUUUGAAGGACAAAGAUAUACAUUUGAUAACAUCAUCGACUGCUACAAAUACCUUUGAUCUUCCUUUGAUGUCUAAUGGGCCUAGUUUACCAAAAGAUCCCUGUGAUGCCACAGAUGUUGAGAAGAAUGUAUGCUCGGAUUUUUCAUCAUUUAGCAUUGAUAAACAGCAAAAGUCACAUGCCUCCUAUGAGAAACCAAGGGAGCCGUCGCCUUCUCAGACAAGUGGGAAAUCUGUAAUUUCUGCAGAUGAUGUUUCAAUCUCAAGACAAGCGUCUGAUUUGAGACUGGAAACACUGGCUCUAGGAAUUCAAGACACAACUCCUGAAAUGGAGGAUGAUUUGCUAUCUUUCAAUGCGCAGCGACAUAGGGAUCCUGAAGUCAUUCUAGAGAAAAGUUACUCAUCAAGUCCUUCCAUCUCUUUACAAUCUUCAAGGAAUCUCAAGGGUUUUUCGUCGCACUUUGCCAAUGGUGUUGGACCUAUUAGAGCCAACAUGCAAACUUUUGACCGGAGAGCUGAUUCAGUAUUACAGCCUUCCAGUAUUGGAGAACUUCCCAAUGGAUACCCUGAAAAUGUAUUCAGUUGUGCGGGUAAAUAUUUGGGAAGCACUGAUGACGCUUAUUAUUUGUCUAAUGAAAAUAAGAGGAUGAUGCCCAUGGAUAGGUUUGAAGGUGAAGCUGCUACUGCAGAUCAUAGUACUACUGCAGAAAGAGGAGAGAACAAUAUAAUAUCUAAUAUUUUGUCAAUGGAUUUCGACCCAUGGAACGAGUCAUUAGCCUCUCAGAACUUGGUUAAGUUGUUGGGAGUAACUGCUAACCAACAAGGGUCUAGAGUAUCAAACUCAAGAAAAUUACAGAGCAGCAAUCAAUCAAGGUUCUCUUUUGCAAGGGAGGAGGAACCCAUGAACCCAUCUGUUGAUUCUCGACCAUCUUUAAGUUACAUUGAGAGAAGUCAUAGUCAUCGCCCUUUCGAUCAAGAUUUUUCAAAUAGCGGAAACUAUCAGCAUGAUGGUUUUGGUAAUCGCAAUGGUUUCUCUCUAUUUAAUAAUCAGGAAUCUAAUGGUUUUGCUGACAAUUAUUCUCACCUAUCCUCUAACAAGCUAUCAGUGUCGAGAUCUCAGAUGACUGCGCCUCCAGGGUUUUCAGCAGCAAAUAGGGCCCCACCCCCAGGCUUUGCAUUUGAGAAAAUGGAACAGAAUUUUGCUCCUCUCUCUGGUACCCACAACAUGUUUGAUACCUCCUCCUUAUUGCGGAAUGAAUAUCAGGCUCCAUCAAUUGGGAAUGUCAACCGUGUGGAUCCUGCUAUUAUGGAUCCUGCUAUUUUGGCAGUUGGUAAAGGCUUUCAAAAUGGCUUUAACGUCUCAAGUCUAGACAUGUCUCCAAGUUUUCCUCCACAUCCAAGUGCUUUUGAAAAUGAAGCUAGACUUAAGUUACUCAUGCAAAGAUCUCUCUCUAUGCAUCAGAGUCAAAGAUUCACUGAUAAUGGUGACGACUUUUUUAAUGAUGCUUAUGGAAUUUCUUCGAGGGUGGUGGAGCAAACUCUGGCCAACAAUCUUUCCCCAUUUUCACAACUCAAUCUUCCUCAGGGAAGGAACUCUGUGAUGUCAAAUGGCCAGUGGGAUGGCUGGAAUGGGGUCCCAGGCGGAAAUGACUUGGGCAUGGCUGAACUCCUGCGAAGUGAAAGGCUGGGCUAUAACAAGUUCUUCAAUGGUUAUGAGGAGUCAAAGUUCCGCAUGCCCAAUUCAGGCGAACUGUAUAACAGAACAUUCGGGAUAUAAAUGUGCUUCUGGGAUUUGUUCACCUUGUUGAGUAGUUGUGGGAGAAACAAUGAAUUAGAAAAAUCUUGUGUGACUAGCAGACCUGCUAGAGAUGAUCAAAGUUACAUUGAUGCUCAAAAGUUGGUGUAAUAACUCAAGGAUCGCUGUGAGGAAAUAUGAUCAGUUUGCCUUUCUAGAAGGAAGCUUGAUCAUGACUGUCUGAAAACUGCUUUCUGAUUGGCGAAGGAUGAAAUCCUCGAAAACAGGAUGUCCAGAAACCAACAGGUGAAAGCUGAGUUCGUCGGGGCUCCAUGGUUGUUUAGACAGGAAACCUCGUGUGAUUGAGUUGGCAGGUGGAUGUGGGAGUUGGAGAAUCGGUUGUCACAUACUACUUGGAGGCUUUGAGGCACAGCUUCGUUUUUCUUGAGAAAAUGCUUGAGUCUGCAAUAAUGCAAAUACUAAAAGCUAAUAUAAGUUAUAGAAAUAUAUCUGUUUAUACCGAACUUUCUCUUAAUUAUUUUGGAAAUAAUGAAAUUGAUGCCUUAAUGAUGAACAUGGAUGAGAGUAGUAGUGCUUUGGAGUUUA